CACACGCUCUGAGAGACGGACGAUAAGAUUCAGCUUCAGACUAAAACCUCCACUUUGACUGAAAGAGGACGACUUCAGGAGAUUACUGGGAAUACUGGAACAGCUCCACUUCACCCAGCUGCUGAAUCCACAAACUGAACGACAGUUUUACAGGAAAGUAAAGUAACUUUGAGAGAACAGGGAGUGGCUGAGCUGUUUGUCUGCUGUGUUUUCAGCUUCACUCAGAGACUAAAUGGCUUCUAGAUUAGAGGACGAUCUCUGCUGUUCUGUCUGCCACGACAUCUUUAAAGAUCCUGUCGUCCUGACAUGCAGCCACAGCUUCUGUAAAGACUGUCUGCAGAGCUGCUGGACGGGGGGACAAACCAGAGAGUGUCCAGUUUGUAAGAGAAGAUCUUCAAAGGCUUAUCCACCUUGUAACCUGGUGUUAAAGAACCUGUGUGAGAGUUUCUUACAGGAGAGAGAUCAGAGAGCUUCAGAGCCUCUCUGCAGUCUGCACUCUGAGAAACUCAAACUCUUCUGUCUGGACCAUCAGCAGCCAGUGUGUCUCGUCUGCAGAGACUCAGAAGAACACACCAACCACAGAUUCAGUUCCAUCAAUGAAGCUGCACAACAACACAAGAAGGAACUUCAGGAAACUCUGGAGCCUUUAAAGAAGAAGUUAAAGGUUUUUAAAGAAGUUAAAGUGAAGUUUGAUCAAACAACAGAACACAUUCAGGUCCAGGCCCGACACACAGAGACGCAGAUUAAGGAGCAGUUUAAGAAGCUUCACCAGUUUCUAGAAGAGGAAGAGGAGGCCAGGAUGGCUGCACUGAGGGAGGAAGAGGAGCAGAAGAGUCAGAUGAUGAAGGAGAAGAUGGAGGCUCUGAGCAGAGAGAUAGCAGCUCUUUCAGACACAGUCAGAGCCACAGAGGACGAGCUGAGAGCUGAACACGUCUCAUUCCUGCACAACUACAAGGCUGCAGUGGAAAGAGUCCAGCAGCGCCCCCUGCUGGAGGAUCCACAGCUGCCCUCAGGAGCUCUGAUAGACCAGGCCAAACACCUGGGCAACCUGGCCUUCAACAUCUGGAACAAGAUGAAGGACAUGGUCUCCUACAGUCCUGUUGUUCUGGACCCAAACACUGCUGGUAAAAACCUCAUCCUGUCUGAAGAUCUGACCAGUCUGAGAGCAGGAGAGAAACAGCAGCUUCCUGAUAAUCCAGAGAGGAUUGGUUAUUAUUCCUGGUCUGUUGUGGGCUCUGAGGGCUUUAACUCUGGGACUCACAGCUGGGAGGUCGAGGUUGGAGACAAUACAAUCUGGUGUCUGGGUGUGUUAGCAGAGUCUGUCCAGAGGAAAGGAGACAUAGAGUCUGGAUUAUGGAGAAUAGGGUUCCUUCUAGGUAAAUACUUAUCAUUGUCACCAUCAGAUGAAGGAACUGUUCUUGUAGUCCAGAAGAAGUUCCAGAGGAUCAGAGUGAAUCUGGACUGGAACAGAGGAAAGCUGUCGUUCUCUGAUGCUGACACUAACACACACAUACACACCUUCACACACACUUUCACUGAGAGGAUGUUUCCAUAUUUUACCAGUUAUGUUAGGAAUCACCCACUGCAGGUUUUACCAGUGAAGGUCUCUGUGGCUGCAGGACAACAGAAAUAGACGAUCAGCAUCGUUCUGUUCCGGACCUCCUUAAGUCUUUGAGGAACAUGUGUAGGCCUGUCACGAUAAUUACUAUAUUGACUUAUCAUUCGAUAUAUAGAAAUGGACACAAUAUUUUUUUCUGGACUUAAUAUAUUGUCAUUUACAUGUGUGACUUUCUGUGCUUUUUUGUGUUGUGUUUAAAGUAAUGAUGCUGAAGAAAGAAUUUCCCAAGCAGCCAUUCCAGCUGUUUAUGUUAUUUUAAUAAUAAAAUAAUAUAAUAAAUGAUGAUGAUUGAUGAUUAUCUCAGUGCAAUGUUUAGUUAAGAGAGCCUGAAAGUCUCUGAAACAUUACUGAAGAAAAUAAGAAAAAUAUUGAUUCCCAUUCCCAAAAAAUGUGUUAUCGUGACAGACCUAAACAUGUGACUACAUUGUCCUGAUGAUGAUGUUGGGGUAAUCUACAGUAGAACGACAACAAGAAGGAGAACACCUAAAUCAGUUUGUUUGACAAAAAAAUCAGGACUUUUAAAAUAAUUUAAGAUUGUUUUCGGUCAAGGGCGUUGGGAUCUUGCCACAUGUAAAUCCUGGGUUCAUUUGUGGACUUUGACGGAUGUGAAUUAAAAUGCAGCAGCUACAUCUACCUUCCAAAAUGGCAUGUGGGGGCUCCAUCUUGGUUCCCUGGCAAGAAACCUCAAUGAAACACGACGAGUGAAACUUCAUUUGCAAGACGGCAAAGUAUCGAAACCCAGCCUGCAGCUAAAUCAGCAAAGAACUGUUUGAUUUCAGCCUGAAACCAAACCUCCUCACAAUGCCUUUCUUCAUAAUCCUUUUUCACGUUUAUGGACAUGUAUGUAUAUGGGCUGGAUAAGAAAAUCAGCAAGGACUUCAGUACAAAGAAUUUGACAUGUAAUCAAUGAUUUGGUUUAUGUGUGUUUUAAGUAGAAUUGUUGUAAUAUUUUGUGUAGCCACAUAAUUUUAAGUCAUUCAUGUAAAACAUGGGUCUCAAACUCGCGGCCCGCAGGCCAAUUGCGGCCCUCGUGGCGAUAUUUUGUGGCCUUCACCUUGAUAUGAAAGUUUAAUGUGAGUUUUAUAUGAAUGGCACUAACCGUGUUGUGUGUGGAAGGUUCCUUUAAUUAAGUUUUUUGGUAAUUGUGUGUUUUUUUAAAUAAUUUUGUGUC